AAAUGGGAACUUAACCCUUAUAAAGCGGGGUGCGGGGCCGGCGAAUGUUUUACCCAUUUCAUAUUCUAUACAUUGUGUGUGUUGGGGUUGGGUAAUAUGGAAUUCUGUAUCUGGUCUCUCGUUUACAUGUCGUAAUUAUUAACGCAACAUGCUUUGCACGGAUAAGUUGUGUGGGGUAACAUUAACAAUGGCAUCCUUGAAGUAGGGCUGUCAUGUAGGUCACACUGACUUGCACCGUCCUUUGAUUUUAUUUUUGAUGACACCAGCUGCUUAAGUAAUUUCAUUAAGUCUGUUUUCUUCGUGCGAUCAGCAAGUAUUCAACCACAAAUUAAACUGAAGGACUAUAACCCUCACCACUGAACAGCAAAUGGAUCUGAGUUUUGAGAGUUUUGGAUAUGAAUAUCCUAGUCAUCACUACCCAGAGCCUGCAUGUUUGGGAUUCAGAGGGUAUGAGUUACCAACACAUGGUACAGUUUUUCCUUAUGAUCAUCCUUCGACGGCAUGUUUGGAAUUUGAAGGAUUUUCUCCACCACCAGAUUAUGGGUUACCGCCAACAGAUUAUCGGUUACCGCCAACAGGUCAUCGGUUCCCGCCGAGAGACUAUCACUUCUCGCCAACAAUGACAAGAUCAGACUAUUGGAAUUAUUCUAGUCCGGUUCCACUACAUCACCCUGACCCAACAAAGAUUUCGCUGAACAGACAAAUGUUCCCUAGGUUUCUACAGAGACACAGCUCAAUAGAAGAAACGCCUGUUCCCGUUUCUUUGAGAAGACUUCAUUGGUACCGUGAUAACAUGCAUGCUGGUACUCGUGGACGACGUAGGCACAUUGUAAAACGACUAGAUAAAGCAUGGAGUCGAACGAUUCCCAACAAAAUCCUGAUCCUUCCACCAUCGCGCGAAAUCAGUGAGACUUUUCCUCCUUAUCCACUGAAAGAGUUGCAAACAGCACGUAACAAAUUAAUCGAUGAACUGUAUUCCAGUCAGGGUGGAAUGAGACUGUUCAAGAUUUGCUGAAAGGGUAUUGCGAACCAGAUUGAGGAAAGAAGAGAGUGUUGGAGAUAUUGAUUACCACGGCUUCUUUGUGUUGAUGCAGACACUGUGAAUUCGCAAACAUGGAGGCUUCUAGGAUGAGGCCACCACCUUCAAAUGAAGUUUGUGGAAAUUUCUAUCCUUAUCCUGCAGAAGAGUUGAAGAAGGCAAGAAGCCAGUUAAUUGAUGAAUUGUAUUUUUCACCUGGUGGAGGACGACUCAUGUAUCGGAUCAGAGAACGGACUGGAAUAUUGCCAAACAGACAUGGAAUAUUUAUAGAUAGUUCAAAUUACUGCGAACAAUCGACUGAACUCUUGUCCAAAUCAUUUCCAGAAAGUCGUACACUCACAAAGUGCAAACAGACAACUCCAGUUUCCAAAACAGUGGAUUUAAAAAACUUUCAGUUAGAUGGAAAAGCUGAAGAAAUUCCUAUAUCACAAGGAAGUGAAAAAAACGUUGGUUUGUUUACUACUUGCAAACAGAAAACUGUAGUUUCCAAAACACUGAAUGUUAAAGGAUUUCAUUUGGAUGGAAAAGCUGAGACAAUUUCUGGAUCAAGACCAAAUGAACAAGCCACUGGCAGUGGAACUGUCUUGGCUAAAAGACAGAACAGUACUGAGAGGGUAAAUUUGAAUGAUUUAAAUGUCAAGAAGAGAAGAGUAGAAGAAAGCUCGGUUGAUGGUGUGAUUCAAAUUGAUAGUGAUUUAUCAUGUGAUGGCUUUUUGGGUUCUGAAAGUAAACCAGAGAAAAGAGAAACAAUUAAUGCUUUCAAGUGUGAUUUCUGUGAUUACAUCUCUAAAAAUAGGAAUGUGGCUCAGGACCAUUUAGUUUCCAAGAUUCACUAUUCGGCGAGCAAAUGCAAGUGCCUGCUAAACAAUGGGCAGCUAACUCCACAGUUGAUUCUUCAAGAAAAAUCUCUCGUCAAUGAAGCUGCUUUGUUUUCCAGUGUUAUUGCUAUGUGUUCUUUUUGUCACUGUAUUUUUAAAGACAUUUACGCUUGUGCUAAACAUUGUAGCAACAUUCACCUAAAGGAAAGGAUUUAUUAUCUUGGAGUGGUAAGAAAACGGCAAACAGUUGACGUGUGCAGGCCUGCAAAAUGUGUUGAAUGUGAUCAGUGUACGACAUCUAAACAACUGACAAGACAUCUCAAAACACACGAUGCAGUUGACAAGUCUUACGAGCGCCCACGACCUCGAGACAUUGUCUGGUGCAUUUGCUCGGUGUGCAAGUGUUACUUAAAUAAUAUCUUGAGUUGCAAGAGCCAUAUGCUCGCUCAUCUUACUAAAAUGAGUAAUAAAACAGCAAGAUUUGAUCUCUUAUUCAUUACCAAGCCAACUACAGAACAUCAAAUUCUUCCUCUUAAGUUCAAAAAAAAAAAAAAAAAAAAAAAUGGCGAUGAAGAAAAAAAGGAAAGAUCAUGCUCAAAAGAGAAAACGAGACAAAAUCUAGUAUUAAAGAAAAUAUUAAAUGGUGACUGGUUUCUGUUUUAUACCAAUAAAUUAUGAGUGCUAGUUUUAAUGGGUGGACUUAGCCAGUCGUUGGGCACUGGUUGUAACACGCAAAAAAAAAGCCUUAAGUUCACUGAGGGCAAGUUUUUACCACUGAGCAACAUCCAAUCUCAGUUUAUAUCUAAAUAUACCAGAUCCUGAUGUUCAGUCUUUAGACUCCUUUGAAAAUACAUGUAUCUUGAUUUUUUGGGAGGUGUUGUUACAAAUGUCACAUACGUCAUGUUGACAAUAUAAAAGUACAUACAAAAUGUACACACUGAAAAAAAAUGUGGAGCCAAGUUUUAUGCUGUUUCAUCUUCUUACACAUGAGAUGAAUAAAUAAAAUAUUAACCCUUUUCCUCCAAA